AUGCUCGAUAGCCGUACAGCCGGCAAACUGAGCACAAGAUCAUUCUUCUACUAUGGAGGGGCCACAAUUCAUGCAGUGCUCCUGGGAAUUGUCAUUGCAACAGUGAUUCACCCUGGUGAUCCCACAAUUAAAGAAGGAUUGAAGGCCAAAGGAACGGAGACGUCACAAGGAAGAAUUUUCGACAAGGUAGGAGACGUUCUAAGGAACAUGUUCACGGAAAACCUCGUUCGAUCGAUGUUUCAACAACAGCAAACUAUCCUCAAAUUAGUAGAAUCAAACGAGACGGUAGAGGCAACUCGUGCGCUCAUAUGGACGGAUGGAAUGAACGUGAUCGGUAUCACUGUUUUUUCAACCGCUCUCGGUGUGGUGAUCUCUGCAUGCGGAUGUGAGGCACGUCCGCUUGCCGAGCUUUUCAAGGCCCUCGAUGUCGUUAUAACUCGCUUCAUGGCAGCCAUUAUGUGGCUUGGCCCGAUUGGCAUCCCAUCACUGAUUGCACAGAAAAUGCUUCACGUGAAAGAUCUUGUAGGUACAUUCCGCAUGCUGGGAUGCUUCAUCUUUACUGUAAUUCUCGGGUUGUCCAUCGUGUCGCUCGUCACACUGCCUUUAACUUACGCAGCAGUGACGCGAAGGAACCCCUACAAGUUCAUAAGAGAGCUGAGCAGAGCGUUACUGCAGGGGAUUGCCACAUCUUCAAGCGCGGCCAGCUUGCCGGUGACUUUCGAGUGUGUACGGGACUUGAAUCUGGAUCCCCGAGUGGCUAAAUUUGUAUUGACCGUUGGAACAAUUCUGGCAACGAUUGGCACGGCUCUCUUCCAAGCGGUCUCUCCGAUCUUCAUUGCUCAGAUGAACGAUAUCACUCUCGACUUGGGACAAUAUGUCACGCUAUGUGUAACGGCAUGCUUGGCCUCCGCUGGAGCAGCAACUGUGCCGAGCUCUGCUCUGGUCACCAUGAUCAUUGUCUUAUCGGCUCUUGGACUACCAAUUGAUGAUAUAUCGCUCAUCUUCACUGUUGACUGGUUACUGGAUCGUUUCCGUACAUGCACCAAUAUUGUAGCAGCCUCGCUUGGAUGCGGCAUUGUGGAUCACUUAAGCAAAGAUGAUUUGAACAAUCUCGAUACAGUGGCAGAGACUGUAUCGGCAGCAUCAAUAGUAAGUGCUACCGCUGUGCGACUUUCGAUUGAACAAAAAUUUCAGUAUUUGCAGGAUGUAUACGUGCCCUCUUCUGGAAAAGCUCUAGAUCCAUAA